AUGCAGGUGACGCUGACCACGACGGUGAAGGCGGUUCUCCAGCAGGUUCAGGAGACGGUGGAGCGGUGCAUGUGUGCCUCAGUAUGCGCCGGCUACACACAUGGCCACCACCACGAGAUCAGCGGAGGCGACAGCGCCCCUUGUUCCCUGGUCCGCCCUACUUCGCUGCUGGGCCGCAGCGGCGGCAAGGAUUACAGUAGCGGUUCCGUCGUGGAUGGUGCCCACGCAGCUGACCCGUCGACUUCUCGUACUCCUCAUUUGACAGACUGUGUGCACGAAGCGGAACUCUGUCUCUGCCUGCAAGACAAGGAUGGUGAGUACCGCUGGGUCGGCGGCACGCAACACUUCCACAAGGUGGCUGUGCUGCGAGCGCCGUUCAUCACGGAAGUGUGCCUCCGCACGCACGCUGUCUUCGAGGAAGAGCGGCGCCAGUGGCGUCGCAAGGCGCGACAAGAGCGAACUUCAGUGCGAUCGUCGUCGUCGUCGUCGUUGUCGUUGACCUUGGCAUCGCACGCGUCGUCUAUGUUUCCCAGCCUCUACCGCAGCGCUGAGGACGCUCGCAACGUCAGCGACAGCCGUGAGCGCAGCGAUGAGCGUUCGGACCAGUCCGCAAAGAGCACACAUGAAACGCGAGGAGGUGCGUCCGUCAAUGCCCCGGCCACUUCGGCUGCCACAGCGGCAGCCAACAAAGGCCAUGCAGCGCACACGCUGACCGACCAGUCCUUUGCGAGGAAGGCCAGCCGGCUAAAGUUCGCCUUCUUGAAGGGUGUUGUGGUGCCCAUAGUCGUGCUGCGGCAGUGCAACCCUCAAUACGCCAUGGGUGGCAAGCACCACCCAUACGGCCGCACCCCUCGACAGUAUGCAGAGGUGCGGGUACCGGCUGACAUGCAGGCGGAGCCACUCGAUGACUCCCUGCGCAGCUCUGGGACUGUAGCGGCCAGCGGCACGGCACAGGUCAAGUCGAAGGAGUCAGUCGCUCAUGCGGAGGUGUUGCCGCCACGAGUGGCCCCGGUGUCAACUUCGGAUAGACUCAGUGACACGGCGUUGCGGUCUCCCGCCUCACCGCACAGCACCAGCACUCCGGCAACUAGAGACACCUCAGCUGAGACACCUUGUCUCGCUGCCGCGUUGAUGUCCACGUCUUCCUCGUCGCCGUCGGCGUCCUCGGCGUCGACGCUACCCAGCCGCUCCGCGUCGCUUGACCAGUCGUGCGGAGCCGUCGAGGACGCCCAUGGUCCCCGUUCUCACCCUUCGGUUUUCGACACCCACCAAGUCCAUUCCUACCACUCGACCGCGGCAGCGGCGGCGCGCACGGCUACAGCGGCAGGGCCAGUCGGCCUGGUGGCGCACGCCACAACGGUGGAGAGGACGAGCGAAGCGAGUGACCCACGUGCCACAGCGGCUACACUGCGUGUGCGAGGGACCGUCAAGGCGCAGGCCGGUGAACUUGUGGCGAGGGAGGAAGCCGCAGUCCGCAGCGCCUUGGCAGCCGCGCAGCAGGACUACACCGCUGCGCUAGCCGAGUACAAGGCAGUGGUCGCGUGUUCAUCUGCCAAGUCCACCGCGGUAGGCGAGUGUGAGGUGCAGCCCUUGCAGCCAGCUGCGUGUGCUGACGCAGAGCUCGUGGCUCUCCUGCAGCGGAGGAUCGAACUGCAGAGGCAGCUGCAGGUGUGCCGGGAGGCGGAGCAACAGUGUGAGCGACUGACCAUGCUAGCCGAGCGCCUAGAGAAGGAGGUACGGGAGCAGGAGGAGCGUCGCGUGCCGCGGAUGCCGCUGCGGCACGGCGAUGACAGUGCCGCAUUUGUGGCUGGCUACUAA